CUCCCUUUUCGAAGCACCGCAGUUUCCCUCCAUCCUCCCUAAAUCCCUUCUUAUGCCAUCAAAUCGCAACCUCUUCGAGUCCCUAAUCCGAGCCGGACUCUAUCUCAAUCUUCCAUACAUCGGUGCCCCAUCGUUGCAUUGAAGCCGACCGCCGUCCUCCCGUCGCCUGCUAGAUCAUGGCUCCCAAUUCGGUCAGCGCUCCAAGUUCGUACUUUUCGCCGCCGCCGCCGCCCAUGAUCGGCCAGCCCCGAGUCGUGGGUGCUGCUCUCGUGAACUUGGGGAACACGUGCUUUCUCAAUGCGGUUCUCCAGUGCCUCACCCACACGGUGCCUCUGGUGCAGAUGAUCCGCAAGACGGACCACUCCGCUUCCCAUCAUGGUGAUGAUGCAGGGUUCUGUUCCUUCUGCGCCUUGAAAGCACACAUCAAUGGGUGUUUGUUCUUAUCACGGCUCGUCGUCUCCCCAACAUAUCUGGCUCAGAAUUUGAGCAAAAUAUCACCUCAUUUCCGGUUGGGCCAGCAAGAAGAUGCACAUGAGUUUCUCCACUCCUUUCUGGAUAACAUGCAUGCUCGCUGUCUCGGACGCACCGCCGAUGAUCGUCCGGCUUCGUUGGAGGAAGACAGCAUUGUUAAGCAGGUGUUUGGCGGCCGUCUUAGGAGCCAGCUGCGGUGUUGCAGUUGCGGUCACUGUUCGGACACAUUUGAGCCACUGCUCGAUCUCAGCUUGGAGAUCGAAAACGUGCGCAGUGUCGGAGACGCUCUGGAAUCUUUCACCAAGUUGGAGAGAAUUGAUGAUCCUGAAGUCAGAUUCACCUGUGACGGCUGCAAGGCUCAGGUGUCCAUGGAGAAACAGCUUAAGCUAGACCAAGCACCGCAAGUUCUCGCUCUCCAUCUCAAGAGGUUCAAGAAUGAUGGGAGCUACUCCAACAAGAUCGACGAUUUUGUGGAGUACCCAUUGGAACUGGACCUGAAUCCAUGCCUCAGCUGCCCUGCAAAGGAGGUCCAGUCAAAAUACGAUCUUUAUGCUGUUCUGGUACACGUUGGUUCCGCACUUUCUGGCCAUUACUUCUGCUACAUCCGUUCCACUCCAAGUACAUGGCAUCAGAUCGAUGACUCGCAGGUGGUCAGUGUUUCUGAAAGCGAUGCGUUAGAGCAACAGGCUUAUGUUUUCUUCUACGUAAGAAAGAUACAGUGCUUCGUCUUCGGGUUCUGCGAAUGCUUGCAGCAGUUCAAGAGGAACCCCUGA